AUGCCUUUGGUAGAGCUUCCAAACGGUACUGUACCAGCAGCCGAUGAGUCCGUCGAUCUUCCUCUGUUUGACGUAUCUCAAGAAACACCAGAACUAGGAAGGCAAAUUGUCGAAGCCGCUGCCAGAUGGGGCUUCUUGUGGAUCGUCGCGGCCCCUGCUUCUGAUGGAGACUCUGCUGCGAAAAGCGGCGACUACUUCCUCGACGAACAAACAGUCGAUAAUGCCUUCGACAUAUCUAAACGCUUUUUUAAGGAGGCACCUGCUUCUGAGAAGCAACAAUGUGCAAUCAAACACAACAGAGGCUACGUGGGUAUGCACGUUGAGAAUCUGGACCCCGAGAAGCACACCCGAGGUGAUUUCAAGCAGGCUUUCAACCUUGCAGAGCCGGAUCAUACGACGGGCCACUGGCGUCAGCCUUUACCUUCAGAAUUCCAGAAGGAAGACGCCACGCUGCGCGACUUUCAUGCGCGUUGUCGAGGCCUAGCUACCCGCAUCCUUCGUCUCAUCGCUCUAGGUCUCUCCAUCUCAGAUGUCGACUGGCUGGCACGGACACACGAGGGGUCUCCAAAUACGGCGCGAUUUCUCUACUAUCCAGCGCUGCCCCCUGACACAGAUUACAAUCCCGAAGCCGACAUUGGAGCAGGCGCCCACUCGGACUAUGGCAGCAUCACACUCCUGUUCACACGACCUGGACAGCCGGGCCUCGAGAUCCUAAGACCAGAUCAUCAGACGUGGGCGAGCGUGCCCGUAUUUCCUCCAAACUAUCACAGCGACAGCCUUCCACCCAUUGUAGUCAAUAUUGGAGACCUUCUGAGCUACUGGACCAAUGGCUUGUUGCGGUCGACUGUUCACCGUGUUGUAUUGACUACCCCGGCCGCGUCCGAUAAGGACCACCAGGGAGCAUUGUCGAACGGCUUUUCAAAUACGGAGACCGAAGUUGGUGCGGGAUCAGAUCGUUUCUCGAUCGCCAUAUUUAUCCAACCUGAGGACAGCACUAAACUCGUCUCCAUUCCGUCGCCACUUGUUGAGGCCGAAGCAUCUAGUUUUGCCAAGAAGGUUGUAGGUCACGGAGGAGGCGUGGUUGAGGCAGAAGGUAUGGGAACAUUGACAGCAGGUGAUUAUUUGAGCGGAAGAUUGCAAGCAACCUAUGGCAAAGUUUAUGAAAGGGAAAAGUAG